AUGUCGUCAUUCGAGCCGGUUGUUGUCAUCGAUGGCAAGGGCCACUUGCUGGGCCGUCUUGCCAGCAUUGUUGCCAAGCAGCUCCUCAACGGCCAGAAGAUCGUCGUUGUCCGCUGCGAGGCCCUCAACAUCUCGGGAGAGUUCUUCCGCGCUAAGCUCAAGUACCACGCCUAUCUGCGCAAGAUGACCCGAUACAACCCCACCCGCGGUGGUCCCUUCCACUUCCGCGCUCCCUCCCGAAUCUUCUACAAGGCCGUCCGUGGCAUGAUCCCCCACAAGACCGCUCGAGGUGCUGCUGCCAUGGAGCGCCUCAAGGUUUUUGAGGGUGUCCCUCCCCCCUAUGACACCAAGAAGAAGAUGGUCGUUCCCCAGGCUCUGCGCGUUCUUCGCCUGCAGCCCGGCCGCAAGUACUGCACCGUCGGCCGUCUGAGCCACGAGGUUGGCUGGAAGUAUCAGGAUGUUGUUGCCCGAUUGGAGGAGCGGAGAAAGGCCAAGGGCGCGGCCUACUACGAGCGCAAGAAGGUUGCUGCUCGACAACUGUCCGAUGCCAAGAAGAACGCUACUGUCAAGGCCGGGACGGCGAAGGCCCUUGCGGCUUAUGGCUACUAA